ACCGCCUUGUGUCUUUUUUUUCUACACCUCUCAGAAGCCAAGCAGUAGAGCUCCAACAUCUCCAUUAAUGGCGACCAAGGUCUAUAUAGUGUACUACUCCAUGUAUGGACAUGUUGAGAAGUUAGCAGAGGAGAUCAAGAAAGGUGCCUCAUCUGUUGAAGGAGUAGAAGCUAAGCUAUGGCAGGUACCUGAAACACUUCCUGAAGAGGUUCUUGCAAAGAUGAGUGCACCACCUAAGAGUGAUGUACCAAUCAUCACACCAAAUGAACUUGCGGAGGCCGAUGGGUUAAUCUUUGGGUUCCCAACCAGAUAUGGUAUGAUGGCAGCACAGUUCAAAGCGUUUCUUGAUGCAACUGGAAGUCUCUGGAGAAUGCAGCAGCUUGCAGGGAAGCCUGCAGGAAUCUUCUACAGCACUGGAUCUCAAGGUGGCGGACAAGAGACUACCCCUUUAACAGCCAUAACUCAGCUGGUCCACCAUGGAAUGCUCUUCGUGCCCAUUGGAUACACUUUUGGAGCUGGUAUGUUUGAGAUGGAGCAGGUGAAGGGAGGCAGCCCCUAUGGAGCUGGCACGUUGGCUGGGGAUGGUUCAAGAUGCCCAACUGAGCUUGAACUGGAGCAAGCUUUCCACCAGGGAAAGUACUUUGCUGUCAUCGCAAAAAAGCUCAAGGGUUCUGCCUGAUCUGCUCAUACCUCCAUACAAAAUCAUUUCCAAUUUUAUAUAUCUCGGUACAGUCUUUCUUUUGUCGUUUACCAUUGGGUCAAAAUAAUUAUGGGUGUUGUUAAAUUUUUUAGCCAGUGAGCUUUGAUAUAUAUCUUCUGUCGGUACAAUGGCUCUUAGAUAAAGUUGGCUGUUGUGUUAAUGGUAAUAUAAUGUAAUUCCUUUCUGCUAUGAAAAAGUAUCUAUUUGUCGAUCA